AAAAAAACGAUUCAAACAUAGCAUCGAUGCCUAUUACUUGUUUGGACCGAAAGAGUAUUAAAUACUAGUACUAGUACUAAUUGGCAAACUUCCUUGAAACUAUUUUCUCUGCUCAUUUCUGUAUUUUUGGCUUUAGCUGAUUUCCCCAGCUUCUUGAAUUCUAGUAAUGCAAACACACUCUUCCAAACUGAACUCAACUCAAUGAGCUGGGAUUUUGAGCUGAACAGUAACAGCCCAUAUCGAUUUGCUUUUGAUUUGCAAUGCCACCAAAAGUUGCUGCAACCUUUAAAAAUGCUGGGGGUGAUGAUUUUGUUGUUAUCUGUUGUGAAAAUGGUGGAGUCAGGGAUAGGAAUGAACUGGGGCUCCGUAUCUGUACACAAGCUCUCCCCAAACACCGUGGUGAAUCUGUUAAAAGACAACAAGAUUGGGAAAGUGAAGCUGUUCGAUGCUGACCCAGAUUCCUUGAGGGCACUCAUGGGUUCUGGGAUUGAAGUCAUGGUUGGUAUCCCUAAUGAAUUGUUGUCGGGUCUUGCCUCUUCGGGUUCGGUUUCGGAUGCUUGGGUCGCCCAGAAUGUGUCUAGAUACCUGGGUAAAGCCGGUGCUAACAUCAAAUACGUUGCAGUUGGAAAUGAGCCCUUUCUGACGAGUUAUUCCGGUCAAUUUCAGUCAUAUGUUGUCCCUGCUUUGAUGAACUUACAGCAAUCCUUAGCCAAAGCAAACCUCGCUGGCACCAUCAAGCUGGUCGUGCCUUGCAAUGCUGAUGCGUACGAGUCUUCCCUUCCUUCACAAGGAACUUUCCGGCCCGAACUCACCCAAAUAAUGACCGACCUUGUCUCGUUUCUCAACUCGAAUGGUUCACCUUUUGUCGUGAACAUCUACCCUUUCCUCAGCCUUUAUUCAAGCUCAGACUUCCCUCAAGACUACGCAUUCUUUGACGGGACAACACAUUCUGUAACUGACGGGCCAAAUGUUUAUACAAAUGCUUUUGAUGGGAAUUUCGACACGUUAGUCGCAGCCCUAACCAAAAUUGGCUAUGGACAAAUGCCGAUUGUCAUAGGCGAGGUGGGCUGGCCAACAGAUGGAGCUAUCAGUGCCAAUCUUUCAGCUGCCAAAGCUUUCAAUCAAGGCCUCAUAUACCAUGUCUUAAGCAACAAAGGAACUCCAUUGAGGCCAGGCGUGCCGCCUUUGGAUGUUUAUCUUUUCAGCCUUCUCGAUGAAGGUGCAAAGAGCACUCUCCCGGGAAACUUUGAACGCCAUUGGGGAAUCUUCUCAUUUGACGGCCAGGCGAAGUACUCGCUAAACCUAGGCAACGGGCAUUUAAAGAAUGCCAAGGACGUGGACUACUUACCCUUCAGAUGGUGCGUGGUGGACCCCUCCAAGGAUCUUUCUUCUGCAACUGUGGAUGUAGAUAAUCAUUACAAGCUCGCUUGCAACUAUGCUGAUUGCACGACUCUAAAUUAUGGGGGAUCAUGCUACGGGAUUGGGAUGAAAGGCAACAUAUCUUAUGCAUUCAACAGUUACUACCAGGUUAACCGACAGAAUAUAAAAAGUUGUGAUUUUGAUGGACUAGGGAUGGUCACAUUCUUGGAUCCUUCUGUCGGUGACUGCAAGUUUCUGGUGGGGAUCGCUGAUUACAGCAAGAAGUACUCUUCUUUUUCUUCUUCUUCAUCAGGAUUUAGUCUGCAAAAUUCUGGCGGUAUUAUGGAAAUGAUGAUGCCAUUGCUGAUAUUGAUAUUUGUCGUGUGAAGUUUUUAAGAGAUUUUUGAAGUUGAAUUUCUGUCCUGAAAAUAUUUCACCAGAUUAAACAUGUAAUAGUACUAGUAGUUUAGGUUCGAUGUUAGCACUGUAGGAACCUUGCUUGCAACUACUCAGCUUAGCUGUUUGCCUCGAUCCUCCCCGGAGAGUACUGGAUUAUUGUUAGACACUGAUAUAUUACGUAUUGGAUAGGAAGUUUUUAUUACCCAGAUUUCCUUGUCUCUUAUCUUCAAAAAAAGAAUUUCCUUGUCUCUUUUUUGUCUGAUUUUUCAAUAGCUUUCAUUGAUUCCAUG